CGAAUACCGAUGACGCCUCUCAUUCCAGGCCUCUGAGCGCCGCAAUCUUCGCUAUUCCUCCCCUCUCGAUAUCAAAAUUUUUGAUCGCUCGAGAAAAACACCAACCACAGGUUCUCUGUCUACAUCAAGCUACCUAUAUACCUACCUCCUCGUCCCAUUGCUUCAUUAUUCCGCUGGGACUCACGCCUCCUUACCCUAAGGACUUCCAAUAUCAAUACCGUCAUUAACUUCAGACUCGUUUGCUUUUCUCAACAAGCCGAAUCGGACGAACAAAUUCUAAUUAGCAAAACCGAAGACCCUCUGCUUUCUCUAUUCCCUGGUUGGCGGAUAUUACCUCGAGAUACCAUAAUUAUAUUUAUAACGAAUUCGUAUCACUAUGGACAGCCCCGGAGGACAAGAGCCACGCGAGCGCUCUUAUCGUCGAGCUCCUUCACGAGCUAGCACGGCCAGUGCCGCGCACAGCCAGAUGACAUCGCAUAGCACAAACAGCUCCUCUUCUCGACUACGAGAAUCAACCCAUGCCGCUCCGCAUACAUCACAUAGAUAUCACCAUUCUAGCUGCAGCGAUAGCCCGGUAGGAGGUCACCAGCCUAUCUCGCGCAUGUCGAGCAAGCCUAGCGAUGAGUUUAGGAAAUCAGCAAUGUCCACCUCGGCUUUGCUGCAGGAAAAAUUGCAGCAGGCGAGGAAUGAGAUGCAGGCUGCUAAACUAGGCGGUGAUCUAGUGCCUAGAAAUGGUGAUGUUAAAGACCAGGAUGUGCCGAACUCGCCCAUUAAGAGUGCUACCGCCGUAGGACGACGACAACAGAUGCCGGAUUUUAGCUAUGAGCCUCCCGACGCCGCAGGGAUGGGGGCCAGACAGAUGGAACAGGUAGGAUGCGCCCAUCACUAUUCCCACUCCGGCACAUUAAUGAGCCCAGCUGACUUGGAUAUGGAGACACUGUCGACGCUGCACAAGCAGAACUUCGACCUUAAGGUGGAAGUGUACCAUAGGCGAGUAAAGCAGGUGGAUCUUGAAGAUAGGGUUGACCAGCUCGAAUCGGAACGUGGCGAUAUGGAGAGUAUUAUCAUGAAGCUCGAAUCACGAUGUGACGAGAAGGAUAAGGUAAUCGAGAAAAUGGAAGGCGAACGGGCUAAGAUGCUUCAAGAUAUGGUAGAGAUGGAGAAUGCCAUUAUGGAGGCCGUUAGGCAUAUUGUGGGAUUAGAAGGCAGAAUCGAUGAGAUGAACCGAGAAAGAGAGAUGGUUAGGCAGGUCGAGACGGACGGAGCAUACCGUCAUCUGGCUUCGAAUGGGAGACCGAACACCGGAUCCGUAACGAAUACCGCUCCUUCGACUUCUACGAAUCUCGACAUUCCCCUUAUGGCCGGCGAAGGUGGCGGUCUCGGACGCGUGCCUAGCUUCCUUUCAGAGCACAGUCGUCAAACCGAGAAUCUACGAAACGCCGUCUUGAAAGGUCGAAGCAGCGUGAUGCAUUUGCGCAAGGUAUCCGAGUCAGAUGCCUCCUCCCCUAGUGAGAUUAACCGUAUCGCUAGUCCUAGCUUCAGUGUGCUUAGCGAGAGUUCCUUCGUUAGUAUAUACGGCCCGAAGGAGGCACAAGACAAGGAAAGCUCGCAGCCGUCGAAUCCUGUGGUGGGAAUGGACGGCAGCCACGUCGACCGUUCCCCAACGCCGACGAUGAAGAACCCGAAUCAGGAGGGCCAUAACGGAGGUGCUAGGCUAUCGACGAAGAUGCAAUCCCUCAAUAACGUGCUUGAUAUGACUUCGCCCUUACAGAAGAUCACAAGACUUGAGGGCCAGAUGGCGGUGACCGAUGAUACCUCGAGGCAACAUAUGCCUAAUCGUAGUCGAGGCAUCGUAACCCCUACACCCGCCAAACCUUUGACGAAUCCGCCGCAAAAGACCAAAUCCAAGCAGGAAAAGAGAGAAGCCCUGCAGAAGGUUCUCACGAACUACCCUACGCAUAGGGAUUUCUCCAAUCCUCAGGCCUUCCCUCCUACUCCUGAUACGGUGUCCUCGUCAACGCUCCGAAAGCACCAGAACCUCACUAGUUCUCAAGAUAGUCUUUCAAGGCCGACGGGAAUUAUUCCGGGCGAGGCUCUCGUACCCGUCCACGAGAGAAUCGGAGCGGCUAGAGAGUCGGCUUACCAGACUUCCUACAACCAGCAAGCGCCCGCGACGUCUUUCUCCGGCCGCAGGCAAAUCCCAAUGCCGUUGAUGGGCAAUAAUCCGUUCUCCGACCUUGGUCAACUUGCGCGAUCUCUCCCGCCCCGCCCUCACUCGUCAGCCGAGACGACAAGCUCUCGCGCGAGGGCCAACAGCUUCGAAUCAGACUCGGAUUCGGAUGGCGGAGCAGAUGCGCGCUCUGAGGCGCCUACGGUCGAUUAUUGGUUGCGAGAAAGCAUGAGGCCUAACAAGCAACAUGAAAGCGGCCGCUCGACAUCUCCUGAUCUAUUUUCUUUCCCGGCCGAUGCGAGAGGCUGGGAAACGGACGUGAUAUUCGGGGCUUUGAGAGGUAACGGCUAUCUUGGUUCACCGGUAUCAGCACUGAAGCGCGAUCCCCUCGAUGAGAUGGCUAGCUCGCUGCGAACGCCACAGGCAGAAGUGUUUGAUCCUCAUCUGUCAGGCCAAGCACCUCCCACACCUGAUCGGCGAUCGAGCCUACAUGCGCGUACCGGUAGCGCAAGCGCGGCGAUUUCGACCGGCGGGAAAUUUAGGAAGAGCCUCGCCAAGGGUCCGGGCAUGGGUUGGAUGGAUGGAAAGGGCAGAAGCAACAGUAUCGACGCUGCAGCUCAAGCGCAAUCUAACAAUGCAUACGCCCAACAACAGGAGGCGACACCGCCUGGAAAACGCAACCCCUAUCCACCGCUCUCUGGACAGACGCCUCAAAGACGUGGUUUAGGUCUCAACUCGCUAUUCAGACGAUCCGGCUCAGAGAGCUACAGCGUCCCCUCUAGCGCAACCGAGGCGAACUUUCCUAUCCCUAAUGCAGGGCCAGCUCAGCCGGUGUUAUCAUCACUACCUCCGGGGAUGAAGCUCGGUGGGCCUGCUGGAAGGAGUAGUGUUCCUCCACCAUCGACGAUGCCGUGGCGGCCGCCUGGCGUGGUAGAAGACGAUUUUAAGAGUGCGACGCCUCCCCCCAUCAUGCGUAACCGUGGAAUGUCGCUCAUAUCCGGAUCUGGCUUUGGCGGUGCCGAGUUACCACACGUAGUGACAUCGCAACACCAGAACCAGAUGAGCGAUAUGCCGUCUCCUUCUUCGCCUACAACGGUGAUGCCGGCGCCCAAGAGAAAGUGGUUAGGCUUAGGAAAGAUGGGAGGCCUGAAAAAGAGUUAGGGAAACUCAUGCCCCCUUUCAAAACAAUACGCGUACGAAAAGAAGGCGAUAGACAGUCCGGACGUGCGCAAGCACUAAAAAUCGUGAACUGU